AAAGUCCCCUUGGUUUAAUCAGACACUACACAACAUUGUCUGAACGCAUAAAAUGAAAAUCUAGACGAAGGACAUGUUUCAAUCAAGAAUCCAAUUAAUGAUAUGGAAUGAUCUGUCAAAUCUUGCACUGACCUCUUAACGUAUUAAGCAGAGUCUUCCUAAUCCUGGCUAACCAGCAAGUUUCAAUAUUUGCAGGUUUAGACUGUGGAAAUGGUCAAACGUUUGCUGAUCACAUACGUUCUUUGGGCACUGGGUGGACCUUUAGGUCUCCAUCACAUCUACCUUGGGAGAGAUAGCCAUGCCUUACUGUGGAUGGUGACAUUUGGUGGAUUUGGGAUUGGAUGGAUUCGGGAAUUUUGGCAAUUGCCAAAAUACGUGCAAAAUGCAAACAUUCGCUACCAAAAGAUUCAAAGGAAAAGAGACCCACAACCAUCAAUGAAAAUUAUCCGUCCUCUUGGCAAAUUUGUAGUUGGGGUUUAUUUUGGUAUCAUUGCUCUCUUAAGUCUAUCACCAUUGAGUGGUUUCUACAUCAUAGUUCUGCCACUUGCAAUCACACUGGGUGUUCAUCUUGUAGCUAAUGUUGGUGAGGAAACCUCCAAUAUAAAGGCAACAAUGUCGGGCUCCUUUGUUACAUCUAUCAUAUUCUUUGGAAGACCCAUUGCGACAGUACCCAUCAGUAUUGUUGCUAGCAUUGUCUCCACGCAACACCGUCACUACAAGACUCCAAACGACACAGCAGACAAUUUAAGUGUGCGACUCUACAGAUUGGGUUUAGCUUGGCUGGCUUUCUCAAUGCCGAUCUCCUAUUGUAUAUUCCACAAUACCACAGUUACAAUUACAUAUAUCACGGACACCAUCAGCUUUAUCCUGGACUCAGUCCGAAUAUUCCCAUGGGUUGGUGGUCUCCUUGAGUCUAUAUUACUUCUUCCAUAUCAUACAUGGAAACUGUCUACUGGUGGAACUGGAUUGGCCCAUGGAAACACUCAGGAAUGGGAAAAGAUAUUUGCAUCCAUCUCUGCCAUACAGACUGACCGAGAAAAAUUAGCAUAUCGGGUGCUAGGAUUACACCGGGAAGCAACUUUGGAAGAAAUUAAUAAAAGUUACAGAGAGCUGGUGAAACGCUGGCACCCUGACCACAACCAACAUAAUUUAAAUGAAGCGGAGCAACAAUUCCUUGAGAUCCAGGCAGCGUAUGAAUUACUUGUUAAAAAAACAAGCUACGAGUGACACGCUAGAGCUGUGACACCACUUAAAAAAUAUUAAGAUAAACUGGUUUUAUAGCUGGUUGCAAUUUAUGGUACAAAUUUGUUAAAAUUGAGGCAUUGAAUAAAGCUGAACUGGGGUUAAAUGUUCAA